UCUAGGUAUGCCGGAAAAUAACUAUUAAGAAAAGUUAUAGAAUUGUAUUUUUGGAUUUACUGGAAGAGUAAAGAUCACGCUAUUCUGAUAUAACAGCUGGCAGGAAGAGAGAGUCUUAUAAUGAUUUGGAUAAGAACUGGGUCCUAUUGACCACAAGGGUGUAGAAGUCUGACACUUGCUAAAUGAAGGAGCUGAUAGUAUAAAAUGACCUUGUUUAGGGUGUAUGUUGGAAAUCUAGCAACAGAUGUAACAGAGGAUGAUCUAAGAGAAGUAUUUGAGAAAUGUGGAAGCAUACACAGUGUGUUUUUGAAAAAAAAUGAGGAUUCAUCAAUUUUUGGAUUUGUGAGAUUCAACAAUUUGCAGUCCAUGUCACAAGCCAUCUCUGAGCUGAACAAUUGGCCACUGAAGGGGAAAAAACUUUUUCUACAAAUUGGUCAUGAAACUAGAGAGCUUUUAGCAAAACAAUGUGCAGGGAAGAAUACACACAAAAUAAAGAAGAAUAGCUAUGCCUGCUCAAGAAUAGAAGAAGCAUGCAUUGAGGUCAACCGUGGUGUGGACUACAUCUCAGGAGAAACUCCUGUCGAUGUGAAUUGGGUUAUGGGCCAGAUGAUUAAUCAUGGGCCUCGCCGACUGCUAACGGUCAGGGGUAUACCUGACCCUGGGUGCUUGACAUCUCUAAAUAUUCUGAGCGAGAAGCUGCUUUCUGGACAUUUAGUUUCACCACUUCCACAAAAAAGUUGUGUGAAAGUUCCAAGUUUCUGGGCAGCUUUAAAACAGAUCUCAGAUGAUGUUAAUGAGUUUCACAAAAAGCACUUAAAGGAGAAUGAAGAAUUGAAUUUGACACACUCUCAAACUCAGCAGUCUGCAUCAGACUGUGCUAGCAAAAGUAAAAAACUGCAGGAGCACAAAGAGCAGGAACAUAAAGACAUGGUCUGUACAGGGAUUAAUGCGAUACAGAGGUCACCCAUCCCACAUAAAUGCUAUCAGCCAUCUAAGACUAAAGGAAACGACCUUCGUGAGUUUAAUCUUCCUCUCACUAUUAAGGGAAGCCAACCCAAGGAGUCUUUCCAUCCAGUCACUCGGAGGCAUUCUUCAGCAUUACAAAGUCCUGUGUCUGGUCUUUAUUCUAAUUUGAAACCCAUCCAGAAACCUGCUAGCAUUUCUUCAUCAGAAACAUCCACCAACCUUGCAUCUUCCUCUUCUAGUGAGCAGGAAACAGAUGCAUCUCUACCAUCACCAGAAGAAAAUGUGAGCUGGCAUUCAGUCAUAAAUGAGAUGCAAGAACUAGAUGGACAUCCUUCAGCAGAGAAGGGCUGGGACCUUUUUACAAGAGGUUUAAAAGAGGAGGCAUCUUCAUCAACACCAACAAUUGGUGGAAGGAUACAGGAUAUUGAGAUGCCCAGAAAGCUACAACAGUUUCUAGACAAUAGCACACAGGGAGGUGGCCUGCAACUGCAUAAAAACAUGGAAUACUUGACACUCCUAAGACAGCAUGGACAGGCAUGUUCCAAGCUACUUUUGAGCAGCUCUUGGGACACCGAAGAAUCAUCUGAAAUUUAUUCCAGAGACUCUGGUAUAGGAGAGGAGUCUUUUGAUUCUGGCAAAUCUGCAAGCAACAGAACUGGUCUUGGAAGCACUGCUAAAUCCAAGGUAUAUAUAUCUUCACCAGAGAACAAAGAUCUGCUAGUGGAUCCUACAUGUGCAGGAGAGGUGAAUCACGAAACUUCUGGAAGAAAGAUAAGCUGAAAAAAUGAAUUUAGAAUCUGGCAACGAGAAACACGUUAAAAAGAAAGAAAUGGUACCUUCUGCAGUUUCAAGCCAGAAGUCAUUUUCUAGAGGAAUAGGCCGUGGACAAAUGCUGAGUCAGUUGUUUCUUGAUGGGAGAUUCAACUAGUCAUUCUGUACAUUCAAUACACAUGAUAUUUUAAGCUGUUUAUGACCACUAACAAAACAUCCAACAACACAAACAACAUUGUAGCUACUUUUGCAUCAGUGUUGAAUUACAUUCCCCACCUUAACUGAAAGUUGCAAGGAUGAGAACUAUUGACUUAAAAUCAGCUUUUAUGAGAGAAUAUUGCAAACUAGCAAUGACUGACUAAUCAAAAGCUUGGUGAGCUACAAUGAGUGGACUUUUAGACAAUCUUUAAAAUAAGGUUUUGAGGAAAUUGUAUUUAAAAAGAAACAGUAGAGGGAAUCCUUAAAAAACACUAUUUCUGUGCAACUUCUUGUAUAAAAGCACAAAGGAAAUAUGAGUGGCUUUUCAAGCUGUUGUAGUGUUAGAUAAGCAAAUGAUUCAUGUAAACUGCAUUUACCACCCCCACCCCCUUAUUUUAAUAUUCCAAAAAUACAGAUUUUCCAUCUUUUUUAACAUGCAAUGGCUGAAGUAUACCAAUUAUUUUUGCCCUCCAUAUUAUGUAAAAUGUGUAUUGCUUGCAAGUGGGAAGACCUUACAAAAUAGACACAUUCAUGUCAACAAACUCAUUCUACAAGCUAUAGGACAUUGAAUGUUUUAAUAAUAUUAAUGUUGCCUCUUCCAGUCAACUUUCCAACCAGGAAAUCAGGUUUAUUGCUGUGUAAUUAUUAGACACAUUAGCACCUUAUUAUAAUGAGGCAAGAUUAUAAGUCAUUUAUAAUUAAGCUUAAAACAGUGGGUGAGAAAGUUGGUUUAUGAAAAACAAAAAAGACCUGUUCCUCUAGGCACUCUCUUUACAAGCAAAAGUGGGAUGUUGCCACAUUUGACUGACAACAUAACAGCUGAAUCUCUAGCACAGAUGAUUAACAAUUAUGGCAACAGCUGUACCUUUGACACAGUUACUGACAGGGCUAGCAACAACUACCUCCUGGAAACUCAGUUCUGUCAUCUCUGUUUACUUUCACUGAAGGACUGAUAAAACCUAGUGGGAGUAAUAGUCCUGAUGGGAUAUCUAUCACUUUUUUUUAAUACUUUGUUCUUCAACUUUUCCUUUUAAAAGAAAAGAAACUAGGUAGGAACUGAUUAGAGAUUCAAUUGCCAGAGCUGAUCCUGAAGUUGUCUUACAUCCUUCUUAUUUUAAUUACUUUCUGGCACACUGUUCUUUUCACAGGUUUAAGCGACAGGUUGUGUUUAAUAUUAAAUUUGUUGCAAUUUAGUAUUUAUAGGUCAUAUACCUUUUGGUGUGACCUUUUAAAAUUAUCUGUUAAGUUAAACUUCUUUCGGGAACAAGAAAGAAAAGCCACAUGUGUACAAUUUGUUUAUUUGUUAAAAAGUAUCUUUGUAACAAGAUGCAACGUGUAUUUUUUUUUCUAAUGAUUGGUUCCAAUCUACGAACAUGACCAUGCACAGAUAUGCUUAACAUGAGGGCUUCACAAUGUAAGCAUGCUGAUGUACAAUCUUGGCAUCGUUUGUUCCCUCUCAGUGCAUGGUGGUGCUUGUGGGUGGAAGUGGGGUAUUCCAUGACAUUUGAGGAAAUGGUAUCUUGCGUUGAGCUUUCUCCAAUCAUUAGAAAAACAUUUUGCAUUCCACUUGUCCUUUACAGCAAACUAGUGCUGUAGAGUUAAGGAAGUUGUGCCUUUCAUUUCACCUUCAUUGUGUUGCAUUUCAUUUUGACCACAGCGUAUAAUUAUCCAAUAUAUUCUCGUGAUUUCUUUUCUUUACCUCCUUGAUUAUGUUCAAGAAAAUAAAUGCAAGAUUCUAAAACA